GAAAGACUGCAUUGCUGGCCUCUGUUCUUACAAGGAUUGCGUUCCUCUUUCUCGUGAUUUUGUUUAUUUGUAUCUUCCAUGCUGGCGUCUCUCUGGGCUGGGAGGGGGAGCUGAUAUGACCAAUUGCCGGCAGAUGGAGGUGGCACUUGUGAGUGUUGAGAAUUUGAACGGCUUGGGAAUGGGAGACCAAGGUGAUCGUGGCUAUCCUCGCUACCCCACCGAAAUGAGCACCCCUACCAGGACCACGGAUCGCCCUCCCAGCUACUGCAACAACCUCCAGUACCAGCAGGGCCAGCAGCCACAGCCCAGCCUGCCCAGGAGGGGACGAUCUAGCUGCGCCAGCAUGAUCUCCAGCUGGAAGAUCUUUCUGAACAGCGAGGGGACCCAGAGUGAGGCCGUCUUCACAAAACUGGCCAUGGAGUGUGAAGAGGACUUGCUGGGGGUCCAAGGGGGGAGGAACGAGGGUGACCAGAAAGUGAUCAUUAAUAUUGCUGGCUUGCGCUUUGAGACCCAGCUCAAGACCCUGGAGCAGUUCCCUGAGACCCUUUUGGGUGACCCCCAGAAACGGAUGCAGUAUUUCGACCCCAUGAGGAAUGAAUACUUCUUUGAUCGCAGUCGGCCCAGCUUUGAUGGGAUCCUCUACUAUUACCAGUCUGGGGGGAAGAUCAGACGUCCAGCCAGCGUUCCUUUAGACAUCUUUGAGGCUGAGAUCGUCUUUUACGAGUUGGGGAACGAAGCCAUGGAGCAGUUCCGGGAAGAUGAGGGCUUCAUCAAAGAGGUAGCGGUCCCGUUACCCACGAAUGACAUCCACCGGCAAUUCUGGCUCCUCUUCGAGUACCCGGAGAGCUCCAACGCCGCCAGGGUCGUCGCUUUGGUCUCUGUUUUUGUCAUCGUGGUUUCUAUUGUCAUCUUCUGCCUGGAGACCCUUCCCGAGUUUCGAGAGGAACAGGAUUUUUUCUCCACGACAGCCGAUUUCUUCAACCUGAGCCAGGAGGCUUCCCCCUCCUCUUCUAACCCAGCGAGCCCCUUCUCAGACCCCUUCUUUAUCAUCGAGACAGCCUGCAUUGUGUGGUUCUUCUUUGAGGCCUUCGUGCGGUUUGUGGUCUGCCCGAGCAAGCAGGAGUUCUUCCGCAACAUCAUGAACAUCAUCGACAUCAUUUCCAUCAUCCCUUACUUUGUCACCUUGAUCACCGAGUUGGUAGCCACUCCAGAGCCCACCGCGGGACAGACCAUGUCCCUGGCUAUACUCCGCAUCAUCAGGCUGGUCCGUGUCUUUCGGAUCUUCAAGCUCUCCCGGCACUCCAAGGGGCUGCAGAUUCUGGGGCAGACCCUCAAGGCCAGUAUGCAGGAGCUGGGGCUGCUGAUCUUCUUCCUUUUCAUCGGGGUCAUCCUCUUCUCCAGUGCGAUCUACUUUGCAGAAGUGGACGAACCCCAGACUCAGUUCACCAGCAUACCCGAGGGUUUCUGGUGGGCUGUGGUGACCAUGACCACAGUAGGGUACGGAGACAUGUGCCCGAUCACUCUUGGGGGCAAGAUGGUGGGUACCUUGUGCGCCAUCGCUGGCGUCCUGACCAUCGCCUUGCCCGUGCCCGUCAUCGUCUCCAACUUCAACUACUUCUACCACCGGGAGAACGAGGAGAAGCCCACGAUACCCACAGAGGGAGAGGCAUCCAAGACGGCCGCAGAAGACGGCAGCACAACCUGUCUGAACCAAUCUAACGGGUCUCAGCUGACCGACAAAUCAAAGAACAGCAAGCUCUGA